CAGGGGCGGACUGACCAUUUGGAAACUCGGGCACUGCCCGAGGGCCCGGGGUCAGUAGGGGGCCCCAUGAGAUGCCCCUGGUACCUUUUUCAUAGGCUUUUUUGAGUUUGGGCAAGGACACAGGGGCCCCAUGAUCCCCUAUUGCCCGGGGGCCCCAUGAGUUGUCAGUCCACCCCUGGUUUCAAACCACUUUAUUGUGUUCAUGGCACUGUAUGUAUAUUAUAUGGGAGCAUUGAUCUUCUGGGUCACCUGAUGCCCCUGGUACAUUUUCAUAGGCUUUUUUUGAGUUUGGGCAAGGACACAGGGGCCCCAUGAUCCCUUAUUGCCCGGGGGCCCCAU